GAUAACGUGUUAUAAAAGGAACUGGAAUUUUAUUGUAUCGCGGAAAUUUAAAUAAGAGCAAAAUUUUAUACCCGUAGAUAGGAGAUAACACUGAUAACAAUAGAGAAUUUGUUAUUAAAAAGGAGAGGAGAUGGUGUAUCUUUCGUCGAACACAAACGUUCGUUUAUAUAGACGUGAAAAAAGUAAGAUUCACUGUGCAAAUAGUGCAGCGGGCCCCACACCUUUAUAUAUAUUCAACGAAGACGGCUCAUCUUAUCUUUUGUCUUUCGUAACAAGUUAGUCUAGUAAUUAGUUGAAUAAUUAGAUAUAAUAUAUACAAAAAUAAAUUUUACUUGCUGAUCCGCGAGAGUUAAGUGACCUCAAAAUAACGGCGGUGUCGGUAAAAAGUCAUAAGUAAGUCAAACAAACCAGCAAAAUAGUCAAACUCAUAAAAGAAUUUCUUUUUUUUUAUAUUCUCCUGCUCCGUUUCUUGAUUCAUUCAAGACCCAUCUAUAUUUCUUCCUAGGGACUGUGAUUGUAAAAACAUGGAUGAGGAAUUUACAAGAUACGUAAGAUUACAAUCCAUGCAUCAAGAACUUCCAAGUAAUAUUGUGGUGAAUCCUUUUCUGAUUCUUUCUUCUUUCUCAGGCUGCAACAAGAAUCAAAGAAUACAUGAAAGACAACAGGAGCAAGGAUGAAAUUGUGAGGAUUCUACAACAACAACAUGCUAUCCCAGUUUACUUGACCAUGAAAGCUUGGGAUCAAAUUGAAAUCGAGUCUCCAGGUUUCUUUGAGGAGUAUUUUGUCCAAACACUGUUGAACCCCGAUGCAGAAAGUGAGCAAAGAAAACAAACAAACAAACAAAAACCCUAUUCCUUUCUUGCCACUCAAGUUUCAUUCUUGUGUUUUUUUUUUAUUUGGCCAUCGACUGAUCAAGGACCUACUCAACUCGCAUCAACUUCAAUGGGGACUGCUGGGAGAGAUACUGGUGCAUCAUCAUCAUCCUUGCAUGUUCCUCCUCCAACUGGUGAUGCCCUAAUCCCUGUGCAGCAGGCACUUUCUUCCGGAACUGCUCAAAAUGUCCCGAUAGUUACUCGUGCACAAGUUCCUCCACUAACUGUACUAACGAGAACUGCUUAAAAUGUCCCGAGAGAUAAUCGUGCAUCAUCAUCAUCAUCGCAAGUUCCUCCCGAAACUGCCAAUGCUCCUGUGCAGCAACCACUUUCUCCCAAAACUGAAAUUUUGAUGAAGAUCUUAGCUACCUUGGUUGAGAUGAAGAGUAAACAAGACCAGAUGCUCCAUCUAAUGUCCGAUGGACGUAUGAGAACCCGAGAUGAGCAGGACCAGACUCAACAAGAGUCACCGGACUCAAGAAGGCAGCGACUUGACUGAGACACCAGAAGUUUGGGAUUACAAGAACUGAUUGCAGAGACUUACUGUUUCUACGAUGUUUGUUUACUUUCUUAAUCUCAUCUGUGUUGCUAUGAUGCUGAAUACUUAAUCUUAUCUAUGUUGUUAUGAUGCUGACUCUUUAAUCUCACAAAUGUUGUUGUGAUGCUUCUUACUCUUUAAUCUCAGCUAAGUCAGUUU